GUGUCAUAAUUAGGAUGUAAAGCACACACUAUUGUGACGAUCCGCCGGUGGAAUACUGAAGCUGAUUGAGUGUGAAACUGUUGUAAAAACCAGGUGAAUUCAGAAUGAUUUGACGCGUGUCUGCUGACGAAUGCUCCUGUGUUUCUUUAGAAUAUAGAAUAGACUGAUCUAAUCUGAUGAGCAUGGUUUCAGUCUGGUGUAGAACGGCUCUAUCCGUACGGGUUAAACAGGUUAGUUCUGCGUCGUCUCUCGGGGAUCUUGACUUUAGUAGGCCACGCUCAGGAUGAUUUAUAAGGCCAGAAAUGCAGCUGGUGUUAAUCUAACGCGGCGGGUCCCGUGAGGGAGCGAUCUCUCCGCAGCACAUGCUUCAUAUGAAGCGGCGCACAGAUGGGUGAAGGGCUCCUUGAGCUCAUGUCCUUAUUAAAGCGCCUGAGCCACUGCAGCGCAGUGAAUACUGAUGAUCUGUGCAGCUGACGUGUUGAAGCCCAUGUGCUGGUCUCCUCAGCUCCUCCGUGGGGUUCCUGCCUCCUCCAGGAGCGGAGCAGAUGCCGCUCCACCGCACCACGGCACCCUGCGGCUCGCAACAGAUUCCCACCCAGCAGUGCUCAGGAGCUCCGCCCCCAGCAGCAGGUGGAAUGAUGAUGAUGCACCUGACGUUACCUGCGUCCCAGCAGCCUCAGUCUCAUUCCCCGCUGCAGUGGAAACACAACAAAUACUACAGCGCCGAUCACUCGCGCUCACAGAAGCCCGGGGACGUCUGCGGUCUGGAGCCGUCACGAAGCAGUCCUCAGCUGGGAAGCUCGUCCUCCUCACCGGCCCAGUCUCCCACACCAACACACCUCCCUAACGUAAAGAGCAUCCGUCCCAGCCUCAACACUGUUCCCAUCAUGCCUCACUUCUCCAGAUCCUUGGUUUCAGGACAAGGUGUGUUGUUGUGUCAGGUGACGUGCGCUGCCCUCUGCUGGGACAGACGCUCCAGUACAGCCCUCAGAUUCGGCCCCCUUUACUUCAAGCCCCGCCCAUGGUGUCCAGUCAGGCUCCGGUGGGGAUCCGGCCCGCGGGUCGAGGCAGCAAGCCGCCGAGGAAAGCGCUGUCUACAGAUCUCAGUUGACCCACGGCGAGCGGCCCGGCUCAGUGACGGCAGACUGACGCCGCUGUGUUUGAGAAAGUUCCGCUCGCUCACUGGACCGACGACUGGAACAUCCCAAAAUACAGCCGGAACGGUGUUCUUCUUGAUGUUUUGUGUUUGAAUAAUCUGGUGUUCAAACACUAUUUCCAUUUGGUUUCACGUGUGUGUUCAGUCUUUCUUCACCAGCCGUCGGCGCUCCGCGUGUGCCUUCAGUCGGACGAACAAAGACAAACGCACUUCGCCGUCUCAUGACAAACACAACCUGCUUUUUUGUAAAUAGUUUAUAAAGUAGCUGUAUAAUUCAGUUGAUUCGGUUGUGCGGUAAGAGCGACAGCAUUUGUGUUAAUUUCUCUGUUUUUAAUUGAAGACGUCACACUGCACCUCAGCAGAUCCACGGUCUCGUUUUUAAUAAGUUGAACGGUUGUGUUUGACGUUUUCACACACGUCAUGUCAAUUCUUGUUUUGUUGGGGUCUUUUAAUAUUAUAUUCAUACUGGGGGAAAUAAAAAAGAGAAAAACGAUAAAAAGAACAACGGUUUGCACAUUUAUACAAACUCUCUCUCUCCCACUGUAUACUGUAUAUAAAUCUAUUUUUUCUCUUAGAAGUAUGUGUGGAAGUCUGAAAGGCUGUUCAAUGUUUACUGGUGCAAGUCCAUUUUUAGUUCAGUUUGUGAAGCAAUAAAUGUUUGCACCAAAUGAUCUACUUUAUCAAACGCUGGCGUGCUUGGCCAUGAAUCAGUUUGUCGGUUUCAUACAUGUAUAAAAGCCUCUCAUCCGUCACGCUUUAUGCUUCAGCCGAUGGUUCGAGGCGUCUGCAUCACAGUGCGUCGUGGGCUUCCUCCGAUCUCAGCCGGUGGUCAUGUCGUUCAUCUCCAUUCUGCUUUUAUUGGCUCAUUUGUCUGCUGCAUUAACCUGCCGUUCACCUCGUCCGUCCAAACGCCCCACAGUUCAUCUAGAUUCUUCUCUGUAUUUUCCUCCUCCAAUAACGCCAAAGUAAUUUGGCAGAAGACCGAUCCUCCAGCUGCUGGUGCUCUUAUUGAGCCGCGGGGAGCUGCUGGGGUCUGUGAUGGACGGCUUUAUCUUCAUAUGGAGGUCCGGUAUCGUGUGGAUUGGCUCUGUGCCGGCGAGAUUAUUAACGUGUAAUUAAAUCAACAUCUGGAGAGCUCAGCCGAGGACGAGGUCUGCUCAUAAAGGCUCGCUCUCUCGCCGUCGAGCUUCUGUGUAUUCAGCUGUAAUUGAUGUUUUCAUCAGUUUCUUCACGGUGGGCUGUCCAGUGAUAUACGGUAUAGCACUGUUGGUGUGUGCAGGAACGCAGUAUUUUAAUCUAAAGCAUGGGUGUUGCUGCAGAAGGCUGUGUCUUCGUGUUAAACAGGCUUCACUGCGACAGACACAAGCGUCUUCACUCCGAGAUCGAGCUCAUCAUAUUAAAACAACACAAACCAGUGCUAUAAAAUACGAGCCUUUUCACAGACUAAUGGUUUCCAUCACAUUUACAUUGUAAAUAUAGCAAAGCGUUUAAUAUUUUCAUUAUUAAAAUACGU